AUGCUAAUUAUUCCACAUAUUAUUCUUAGGAUUUUAUGCUUAAUAUUAUUCAGUUUUUUAUCGGCAGCACUUAUCCCUUUAGCAGUGUUUCAUUUGCAACAGAAAGAAAAGGAAAAUCGUGCUAUUUCACUUAUUUUACUUAUUAUCUUAAUCAUCUUAUUUGUUAUUACAUGGUUUCACGUCUUGAUUUGUCAACUGAAAUGUUGCGACUUCAUUAGACGUUCAGCCAAAACCGGUUUCUCAUUUUCAAAAACCUUUGAGAUUCGCCAUCCAUCAGUAUCAUCAACCGAUGAGCGAAUGGAAGCUAUACCCACAGUACCACAACAAUCAGUGACCGCAGCCGGAGCUACAGAACGUUUACAACCACUGGAAAAUAUACCAAAAUUGCUAUUGUUACACUGCUGAUCUGAGUUUGGAAAUUUUCCAAAAAGCCGUCAGUAUUGCGAAUAAUAAUAGUGAAUUCAAAAUGAGUUAUAUCUAAAUUUCAAUAGCUAACAAACAAUAAACAAAGGAGUCAUUUGACGAAGCAAAAGUUGUGGUUAUCUAACUUGCUGAAUUGUUAUUCGAAUAGUAAUAUAUAGUGCAAUAAUAAAUGAUUAAUUAUGCAUAAAUUUAUAAGAGUUACAAUGAAAGUAGUGAUUAGAUAUGGUUUAGAAGUCGACAAAACAAACAACACCAUAUGCUACAAAUGCCUAACUGCUCGGACAUAUUCUGCAUGUUCAAUGACCUUUGGUCACACUAGUUUUUUUCCUUUUCUUACAUAUCCCCCUUUUCUUUUUUCUUUAUUUUAAAU